ACGUCACUUCCUUUCAAAGUAAGCGUUUGGGUGGUGGGUCUCCACGCGCGUUCAACAUGCGUAUCGAGAAGUGUUAUUUCUGUUCGGGGCCCAUAUACCCCGGCCACGGCAUGAUGUUCGUCCGCAACGACUGCAAGGUGUUCAGGUUCUGUAAAUCCAAGUGUCAUAAAAACUUUAAAAAGAAGCGCAAUCCUCGCAAGGUCAGGUGGACUAAAGCCUUCCGUAAAGCAGCUGGUAAAGAGCUUACAGUGGAUAAUUCAUUUGAAUUUGAAAAACGUAGAAAUGAACCUGUCAAAUACCAGCGAGAGCUGUGGAAUAAAACAAUUGAUGCAAUGAAGAGAGUUGAAGAAAUAAAACAGAAACGGCAAGCUAAAUUUAUAAUGAACAGGUUGAAGAAAAAUAAAGAACUACAGAAAGCUCAAGACAUCAAAGAAGUCAAGCAAAACAUUCAUCUCAUCCGGGCCCCUUUUGCAGGCAAAGGAAAGCAGCUGGAAGACAAAAUGGUACAGAAACUACAAGAGGAUGUGGACAUGGAAGUUGUUUCCGACAAUCUUACUGUUUAACCAUUUCUAUGAGCGCAUUGGAAAAUCUCCUUUAGAGGCUUAGAUGUUCUAAGUUAUUCAUUUAUAUUUUACAUAAGGUGACUCAAAUGAAAAGGUGACUAAAAUUGUAUCUCUUCUACAUUGCUAUCUGCAAGACAUCAGAUAAUAUGGAUACUAGAUUGUGCCUCACUGUUGAACCUUCAUUCAUAGAUUUACUUGUAUAAAUCAUGAAAAUUCUGUAAAUACAAAGUGAAUUGUAGACAUAAAUGAUCAUGCCAUUUGGAUAGUGACACCAUUUAUGUAAUAACCAAUGACAGAAAUUCAUGGCUAGUGAUAUAUAAAAUAAAAUUUUCUUUGCAGUAAAAAUAUUCCCUUUAUUAAUGUUGUAGAAGGAGGAGUACGUUUAAGGAACUAAAGUUUGUAUGAUAAUUAGCCUCAAGCACUGAUAGUUUUUGUUUUGAUUUCAGUAUUUCAUGUUUUAGCUUAUUAACGUCUUAACACAAUGGCCUAAUAUAUUGAAGGUCUAAUUCUCUUGGACUAUUUUUACCUGGUUUAGCUGUUAGGAUAGGCAGUUGUAGAUGUUGGGGCAGAAAGCUGAAUAGUGAUUUCUGAAAUGGCACUUUGCUCUCUAAUUUCCUUUGGAGAAAGUUUUAACUUGAGAUUCUUGGUAGAACAAGCUGUAGUUUCCCAGCUCAACAAUGAUUUAGAAGAUGAAGAAUCUAGAGCCUUUUAAAAUUUUUUGUGUGCUUUCCUUUUAAAAAGUUAAUUGUUUUUGGGACAAUUGAAUGUAUGGAUAGAAUGUCUAUACAGUAUUUGCAUAUAAAAUCAUUUCUGUAGUGGGUGUCUACAUAUUUAAAGGUACUAAAGGUAGAGUAUCACUUGGAAGAAAAUAACGUCAUCCGUGUAUGCUACUGAAGUAGGAGAUAUAUUUAAAGAAAAAUAUAUACUUAAUGCUUCAUGUUUCUGUAUUUUUACAUAAUUUAUGAGUAUGUUAAGAGUAUUAAGUAACUCAGUUUUUAUAUUUUUUAAGGACAAUUUAUAAUUACAGAUUCUUAGGGUUAUAUAAUUACAUAGUAAUAACUAAAUUUUUACUUCAGUAUUAGUAAUAAAGUGGACUGAUCACUGAU